AAAGGAGGAAAGUACAACAAGAAAGAAGGAAGUAUCGGGAAAUGAGCUUGUUUUCGUGAGUUCUAAGCCGGUAGAAUUUAAAAGGGAUACCUUGCUCAAAGAUGUAUAUCAUCGUUCCAGUUAUGGUCAUAAUAAUUCUAACAGCUGUAUAUUCUUUGGCAGAUGAAUCACAAAAGAAUCCAGUGAUAAGAGAGGAGGCUGGAUCUCCGGUCUCGAACAUAUUCACUCCGGCAGGAGAGAAGCUGACCCUGUCCUGUGAAACGACCGGAGAUAAACCUCCAGACUUCAGCUGCGACAGCCACGACGUUGUCGAGACUCACGUUAGCCACGGCGAUGACACAAUCACGCAAACCAUUACAAUCAGUGUGAAAUCAUCAGUGGACACGUUCAAAUGUCGGUGUUCGGCUUCAAGUUCAACUACAGAGGUGACAGUCAACGUUAAAAAAAGGGACUUGAAGGCGUCCGCAGCGAAAGCCUCCCACGUGUCUGAGAGUCUGACCAAGGAACUUGGAACCGGUCUUACUGUAGUCAUACUGAUCGCAGUGCUCAUGAUUUCCGUCGUUCCGGUGUCGUGGUUCGUCUAUAAAAGCGCAAAACCAUUAACAACUAAAGAAGAAGAUACUCGUUUUCGCCGUAGCUCCAAGUCUGUUGACGCUGAAUCAGUUGGUGUUUAGUGCAACUUUGUUUUACGCUAUUUGUUGAGGUUUGAUUACAGCGCGAACUGGUUACGUCGAAAGGUUAUGAUUUUUAGAUUAACAUAUUUUAACUUUUUUAAACUAUUCUGAAAACAUUUUUUUUUUUAAAUAUCUUUAUUUAUUUAUUCAAAUUAUAUAUAUUUUGCUUCCCAUCUUAACUUUUGAACUAUUCUGAAAAAAUCUCCGAAAAGAAAGAAUGUUUUUUUUUUUUUUUUUUCAAAUUAUAUAUAACUUCCCAUCUUAACUUUUGAACCAUUUUGAAAAAAUAUCCAAAAAGAAAGAAAUUGUAUUUAUUUAUUCAAAUUAUAUAUACUAUCGCUUCCCAUCUUAACUUUUAAAGUAUUCUGGAAAAAUUUCCAUGAAGAAAGAAUGUUUUUUCUAUUAAUUCAGAUUAUAUAUAAUUUCCCAUCUUAACUUUUGACUAUUUUGGGACAAAAAAAAUUCCCAAAACAAAGAAAUGUUUAUUUAUUUAUUCAAAUUAGAUAUAGCUUCCCAUCUUAACAUUCAAACUAUUCUGAAAUAAAUAUAGCAAAAUAAAGAAAUUUUAUUUGUUUAUUCAUAUCUUUUUUAUUACAUGUAAUAUGUCCUCCAAAAUUAUUUAUACUGAUAAGCAUAAAUAACACAAUGAGUAUUUCACUGGAUAUUUUGAAAACAAUACAUAACACUAGAUAUUAAUUUGAAUAAAUACAAGUAUAUGUAUAGUAUUAGUCUUUUCGAUUCUAACAAGGCUUACUAAGAUGGUUUUUAAAUGAAACUGAAAAUUCCCAAAAUUUAGUAAAACGCUAAAAUUCCCAGUCAAAGCCAACUCAAAUUUUAGAAAUAAAAUCCUGCAUUAUAUAUAUUAAUAAUGUAGACAAAUAAUAUAUUGGUGACAACUGUAACUGAAAGGAUAAUUUUGUUCAGAUCAAGGGGGAAAGGGAAUAAAAUGUAUUAAACAAAAAAAAAAGACUGUGUUUAUUGUGCAACAACACAGAAUUGCAUAUGAAAGUUUAUAUUUUAUAGGAUAUUAAACGAGCUUCCAUUUCGUAUCAUGUUUAUGUUUCAAGUGAAAUAAUUUUUAUUUGUCACGAGCUUUAACAAGUGACAGUGGAAAUUAUUUCACGAGGGACAUAAACAUGAUACGAAAUGGUAGCAAGUUUAAUAUCCUAUUUAUUACCCAUAAUCGAUCUUAAUGUAUAUCACUGAACUUGUGUAGUUGACAUUCCUGUAAAGUUGUAGUGUGCCAGUCAAUGACAUUAUCGUGUGACGUCAAAGUGAUAUGUCCCACUUGGCAUUCUAGUGGGACGUAUCACUUUGACAUGUAUCAAGAUAUUUUUAACCAUAAGGGUAUUAAUUUGUGUUGCCUGCGCUCAUCUCCCUAUAAAAGCAAAAAUGUUUUUAUUUUAUUUUUUCACCUGUCUUUUUGCAAUAUACCAUUAUAGUAAUGCAGAAAAAAAUGCUGUUUUAUUGUGCGAAAAAACUAAACAAUUGUUUUGAUUUUUUUCAAACACAUUUUAUUCCUCUUUUCUUUUUCUUCUCUCCCCCCCCCCCCCCCCCUCCCCCGCCCCCCUCAGUUUGUACAAUAACUUCUUUUUAUUACAGUUGUUACCUGUAUCACAUUUGUCUGUAUGCUUAAUAUAUAUGAUAUGACAUUUCUAUAAGAAAAUAUCAAUGAAUUUAAAUACUCAUUAAAAGCCUAUGAAAACUAAAUUGUGAAACAGUAAACACUGUAAUUUUCACAGCAAAUGGACAUGUAAUCAGUUCUGAUAGACAUACACUCCUCAAUAUAUUACUGUAUGUAAGAUUGCAUAAUUGUUUACACAGCUGCCUAAUGCAAGUAUAUAAUUGUGUAGACUGCCUCUAGAGUAUAUAUAUGUAUAUAUAGAGAGAGAGAAUAACUAGUUAAUGACGUCGGAUAUCUACUUAAUUCUGUGAAGGUAAACAUGGGAAAUUCUAUGAGGCUCUGCUGAGCAGAAUUUCUCAUUCAGUCUUAACAGGAAAAGCAUAUAUCCGACAUCAUUAAAAAGUUAUUGUCUUUAUCCUGCAGACCAUAAAAAUUAAGGGGGAAAGUUAUUAUUUGUUAUUUCAGCCAAAUUGUACGAUGACCUAGAUCAAAUGAGCGAUUUUGUAAUGUAGCUAUGCUUGUGACGUCACAUGAGUGGCGUUGAAAGUCCUAUUCUGCUAGUAGCAGGAUAUAUUACUUUGCUUUAUCCGCCAUCAUAUUCUGUCAAUAGAAACGGUGGAUGCAGGAUAAAAUUGUGUAGACUGCCUCUAGAGUAUAUAUAUAUAUAGAGAGAGACAGAAAGAGAGACACACAGAGAGAGAGAGACACAGAGACAGACACAUAGAGAGAGAGAGAGAGACAGACAGACAGAGAGAGAGAGAGACACAGUGAGACAGACACAUAGAGAGAGAGACACAGAGAGAGAGAGACACACAGAGAGAGAGAGAGAGAGAGAGAGAUUAAUGCAUGAGCAGGAUCGAGUGACAUACAGAAUGUAUGAAACAAUUUUUUUUUGAUUCCUCAAACAAACAUUAAAUAUCAUUGUAAUUGCUUCACAGUUGAUGCUAAUAACAAUGACGUUGAAUGGUGUAAGCUUGUAGCUUCAAAAGCAACUCAUGACGACAGACGUAUGCCGUAACAAUUUUCAGUGUGUUAUUAUGACUCAUGCCAUCAAGAUACAUGUAGUGUGGUAAAAUUGAUAUUUAUGUAACCGUUUAUUGCCGACCAUGUGGGUAAUAAAAGUUAUAUAUAGACUGCAUCAAAUAAGGGAUGUAUAAAUAUAUAGACAUCAUCCUAUUGGGAUAAACAGAAUUGUAUAUAAUAUUGUAGUCAUUAUAGCCUAUAGGGAAUACAUAAUUGACACAUUGUUGUGUAGACAUCAACCUAUGGGUAGUAUAGUACAUAAAGAAUAACUGCAAACCCAGUACCUACUGGGGGCGAGACAUAGCCCAGUGGUAAAGCGCUCGCAUGAUGCAUGGUCUGUUUCGAAUCGAUCCCCAUCAAUGGGCCCAUUGGGCUAUUUCUCGCUGCAGCC